CGAUUUCAGCGAGAAGGAUUUUGAAGGAACCAGUAUGGUCGUCGCUGAAACGAAACUUCAGUGUUUCGUCUGCUCGAUGCGGCACACAGAUGACAGUAAGAGAUGCCCUGAAUUCAGCCCUAGAUGAGGAACUCAAGAGGGAUGAGAAGGUGUUUUUAAUGGGGGAAGAGGUAGCUCAAUAUGACGGGGCGUACAAGGUAUCUAAAGGAUUAUUGAAUAAGUAUGGAGAUAAGAGAGUGAUAGAUACACCAAUAACAGAGAUGGGUUUCGCUGGUCUAGCUGUCGGUGCUGCUAUGGCUGGAUUAAAACCAAUAGUAGAGUUCAUGACCUUCAAUUUCUCCAUGCAAGCUAUAGAUCAGGUUAUAAAUUCAGCUGCUAAAACUUACUACAUGUCAGCUGGAAAAGUACCUGUCAAUAUUGUAUUUCGGGGACCCAAUGGUGCUGCGGCCGGGGUAGCUGCUCAACAUUCACAAUGUUUUGGUGCCUGGUACGCUCACUGUCCAGGCUUGAAGGUUGUCUCCCCUUAUAGUUCCGAAGAUGCUAAAGGUUUAUUGAAAGCUGCUAUCAGAGAUCCUAAUCCAGUGAUCUGUCUAGAGAAUGAGAUAUUAUAUGGUGUACCCUUUGAAAUGUCUGAUGAAGCUCUCUCUGAUGAUUUCGUACUGCCGAUUGGUAAAGCUAAAAUAGAACGUGAAGGAGACCAUAUAUCUCUUAUCACACAUUCUCGUUAUGUUGGAGUAUGUUUAGAUGCAGCGGAGGAAUUAGCUGGUAAAGGCAUCGAAUGUGAAGUAGUUAAUCUACGCUCGUUACGACCUCUCGAUGAAGAAACUAUUAUUAAAUCAGUCCAGAAAACAGGUCACGUCGUAACAGUAGAUGGUGGAUGGCCACAGUAUGGUGUUGGGGCGGAGAUAUCGGCUCUUGUAGCUGAAAGUUCAGCCUUCAAUUACCUAGACGCACCAAUAUUACGAGUGACAGGGGCUGAUGUUCCGAUGCCCUACGCUAAAUCCCUGGAAGCUUUAGCCUUACCUCAACCAUUUAACGUAAUUAAAGCUGUCAAACGCUCGCUGAAUGUAUCGUGAAAAUAGACCAGUAUUAUCUCCGUGAGAUUAAUUACUUAUUUCUUUACUUUCACAACUAAUUCUGACAAAAUAUCAUAGUGUUACAUAUCUUCUAGAGGACUCAUGUAUAUAUUUUGGCAGAUUUGGUUGUUAAUUUGAAGGAAAGAUAAUUGUUUUUGAUGAUAGAAUUAUAAUGAAGAAUGAAAACAGUGAAAUUGAAAUUAAGGGCAAAUUAAUGAGAUUCAGUAAGAUUUUAGUGGUCACUGUGUUUAUUUGUAUAUCAGCUUGUAGAAAGAGACCUCAAAAGUGGUUUAACUGAUGUUUCUAUUUGAUUAUCCAGAUUAUUAUCAAGCCCGAAUAUUGGUAGAUUAAAUUUAGGUUCCAGGGAGACGUAGCGAAACCAUGACAUUAAAUACAAUUUUAAAAUGACUCAAAUUUGGAAAUGAGUAGAAAAAUGGCUCCAUUUUCAAACAUUUACAUAAAGGAACAGGUGCUCCACAAUUUCUAUACAUAUUUUUUUUAUAGUAUCUUAAAUUGACGAGUCGUCAUUUCAACAUUCAAACGUGAAUAAUUAUGGAUUUGAAGGCUGAAAUUUCGACGGUGAACUGUGAACACUAUAACUGAUUGGCUUAGCUUCUGCUUCAAUUGAAAAACUAACAUAAUGAUGAUGUUCUUUCUUUUUGAUAUGAAGAAUUUCUUUAAGAAAAUGCUUCAAGUUUUUUUCUAAUUAAUUUGCCCUUGAUUUCUUCUGCUAAAUUUCAACAGGCACAAUCUCUUAAUGUUAUUACAAUGUCAGUAUUUAUUAUUUUAUAGUGUCAAUUUCUGUGUUUUCUGGAGUUUAUGAUCUGAUUAUUGUUAAUUUUCAAACAGAACUUUUUAUUUACUCAGAAUAUCGCAAACGGUGUUACUCUGAGUAACAUGUUUCAGUUUCUGUUUUGAUAUUUCCAUGUAUAUCCAGAUGUAUUGCAUGAAGAUAUUUUGCAGAAUGAAGGAAUGAUCAUAAUAUUGUAAAAACAUUUAGAUUAUGAAUGAAUAGAGUAGCUAAGUGGUGUCAGGUGUUCUAGAAGAGAGAACAUGCCUUUCCUAUUUAGAGAAACCAUCUUCACAAUGUCAAGCUAUUACCAACUUCAUCUUAUACCUUGACUUUCUUGUAUUAUAGAAUGCAGUGAUUUGAUUGGAUUGUACGCUAGUGAAUACAGCCAAUCAGAGACUUCGACAGAAAGGCUUCUUGUUCAAAUUCUUCUGUUGACGACUCUGACUGUAUUAGCUAACGAACAAUCUAAUCAAAUUGCUGCAUUCUGUGAUACAAGAGAGGUGGCUAUUGCAGUCAAGGUAUAAGUACUUAGUUUGUAAUAGCUUGAAGAUUGUGAAGAUGGAGAGAGAUCCAACACAGUAAUUAUUAUAAUGGAGCUGAAUACAAUUCUAAUAUUCUAACCUUCAGUUAUAUUAUAUAAAUAGUGCUAUUUCUAUUGGGUUUAUUUUAUAACUGUUGAAUGAAUGAAAACUUGGCUUCACCUUAAUAUUCAAACUUUUAUUCUAUCUUCAAAAUAAAAGAAUGAACCGAGAUCCAUCUGAUUUUAUUGAAGUCAGCAUUAUUCACUCAACACAACAAAUAAAUGACAGCUUCAGAGCAAUGUUUAACAAACAAUUAUUGGAUGGUACUUUUUUGUACCACUUUCCAAUUUAACACAUAGUUUUCCUUAUUGCUCACAGCAUGUCUUAUAAGGUACAUAAAUUCCAAAUCGUACUGUUUAAACCAGUUGCCAGUCUUUACUAGCCCAAUUACUUGCUGAAAUACAUGAUGCAAAUCUUUUAGGCCUACUUGAAAAGAAGCCAGUUUUCAUUUAAUCAACAGUGAUAUAAAUUAAACUUGAAUUGUUUUUUUUUUUGUUUUAAAGAAAUAAAGAUGGUGCCAAUGAUCUG